GGAUCUAAAAUGGACAGCUAGAAGUUCGCUAACAACAACAACAGUCGCUUCUCACGUCUUGAAAAACGGUAUAAAAAUGAUCAUCAUAAUCAUUCAAUAUUGGAUUUAUCAUCAUGGACGUGAUGUACAAAGUCUCCGAAAAGACACCAAAGUUCCAGGCCGCGCUACACGGAAGCCUGGAACAGCGCAAGUGUUAGCAUGUCGUCAAAACAAACCGCUACAUCAGGCCACACACACCGCAGUUGAUGAAGCCGGACUCUCGCGAUCCCUCUGUGCUCGGAUGCGAGUCUCCUUGGUGCAAACCUGCCUCGCUCACCUGUGCACCUCGUCCUCUCAAGGAGCCGGCCCUAUCCCCGGGGGGGAGGGGGGAGGAGGGGAAUCAACCCGUGUCCGGUGCGAAGAGACGGGGAGGAGGCGGCGGCCCCUGCGCCUUUAAGACUCCAUGUGCUCGGCUCCUCGUCUCCGCCGCGCGGCCCCUUGGCAGCUCCGUGUGAGUGCACGCUUCCAAAGUUUGACCGGGGAAUAGAGGAACCAGCGGAGCGGCGGCCGCCGGGGGAAAACACCACAGACGCACGGCGACCAUCCUCCCGAGGGGAGGCGGGCAGGAGCAGGAGGAGGAGGAGGAGAGGACCGCGGCCGACGCCUCGGCAGGCGAUCGGAACAAAGGGAGAGAUGACCGCGCGGGUGUUGGGUUCGUGAAACGGCAAACGCAACAAGGUGAAUGGAACACGGCGCCUGCUGAGCGGAGGGAGCCCCGGCUGCAGCCCCCCACUCCUCAGCCAUGCCGCUCGUGGUCCGCACGCUGCUGUUCGGCUUGGUGACGCUGCUGGUGGUGGUCCUGAUCGUGGACGAUCUUGCAGAAGUGGAGGAAGAAACUGCGAAUAUUGGACAUUCAAAGAAGGCGAACUCGCAGAGGCUGAUGCCUAAACCACACCGAAAGACGGCAGCACCCGAGGAUCCGACUGCUUCCUGCACAGAUUCAAAUGACCGUCGUCCGAGCUACAAUACCACUGCCAAGCUCUCGUCAAACAACUGGACCUUCAACAAGACCCUCUCCAACCACAUCAGGAAGAACGUCCUGAGGUUCCUCGAUCCCGAGAGAGAUAUCUCGAUUCUGAAGGGCACUCUGAAACCGGGAGACAUCAUCCACUAUGUUUUCGAUCGCCACAGCACCACAAACAUCUCGGAGAACCUCUACCGUCUGUUGCCGACUGCAUCCCCCAUGAAGAACCAGCACCACAGGCGCUGUGCCAUUGUGGGUAAUUCGGGGAUCCUGCUGAACAGCAGCUGUGGACCCGAGAUUGACUCUCACGACUUUGUUAUCAGGUGUAACCUGGCACCAGUGGAGGAAUACUCCCGGGACGUGGGGAGGCGGACCAACCUGGUGACCAUGAACCCCUCAGUGGUGCAGCGGGCCUUCCAGGACCUGGUCAGUGAGGAGUGGAGGGAUCGCUUCUUGCAGCGGCUUCAAAGCCUCAGCGGCAGCGUGCUGUGGAUCCCAGCGUUCAUGGCCAAGGGCGGGGAGGAGCGCGUGGAGUGGGCCCUCCGCCUCAUCCUGCUGCACACUGUGGAUGUGCGCACCGCCUUCCCCUCGCUGCGCCUUCUCCACGCCGUCAGAGGGUACUGGCUGACCAACAAUGUCCACAUCAAGCGUCCGACCACUGGCCUCCUCAUGUACACGAUGGCCACUCGCUUCUGUGAGGAGAUUCAUCUUUACGGCUUCUGGCCCUUUCCCCUCGACCCACAGGGCAAACCAGUUAAAUACCACUACUACGAUACUCUGAAGUAUGAGUACACAUCCAGCUCCAGUCCGCACACCAUGCCUUUGGAGUUCAGGACCCUGAGCACGUUGCACAGACAGGGGGCGCUCCGGCUCCACACUGGGACCUGUGAUGAGCAGAGGAGACCGCAGACGGAGCUCCAGAGCAAAUAGCCGGAUGGGAGCUUGCCAUGGAAACCGUUGUCCGGACUGAGGAAAGUUUUCUUGUAACUGUACUUGAAACUUGAAUUAACUUAUUUUCAGUAAUUGGAAUGAACAGUUUUUUCUAUCUGGAGCUCUUUUAGUGAUUCGCUUCACUGGUGUGUUUUACCUUUUAGUGAGAUUUCUAUGGCAAUGAGACCGUUUUUUCUCAGCCAAUUUUAAACUAGGUUCCCAGUACGGUUUGUAUCUAUGAUCUAAAACACAUAUAUAUGUGGGGUGGGGUGGGGGGUUAAUUAGUCAUGAGAUGCCAUUAAUUAAUAUUACCAGUUAAGGAUAUGAUAGGGCGCCAUUCAGGGUGUGUUGUGUGUUGUUACCCUGAAUGUCACAGGCUCACCAAGCUGAUGAAAUGAAGGGUUUGUGUGAGUCUCAGGUUGAGCCACAAGAUGGAAGCACUUAUGCAGAGAGAGAAAGAUGACGCAAGAAAGAAAUGUGGGUCAACUGUUAAAACAGCCCUUUGAGUAUUUUUUUUUUCUUCAAAAAUUGAUAUUUAUCUUUCCCUCUGACGGAGGAUAUUUUAUGCUUUUGUAGCUUCUUAUUAAGUACCUUAAAGGGUGCACACGUUCAAACAGGUAAUUUAUGAGAAAAAAAUUCAAAAUAGGGCCACAGAAAAAAAGUGCAGCGGAGCCGCUGUGUGAAAAUGUAGGGUGACCUCGGGAGCCAGGUGAACGGAGAGAAGCAUGUUGGGUUUUGCUCAACUUCUGUGAGAAUAAAGAAAGGAGUGUACCAGCUGUGCACAUAAGUGUGUUUACACAGACUUAGUAAACCUGCUCUGUAAACUCUUCUCAAAAGAACACCAGCCCUGUUUAUGCACCAGUGAAUGUUAGUAGUGAGGUCAGACUGUAGUUGUGGUGGUAGUAACAGGGAGCUCUGCUUUUUUUUAAAAAGAAUUAUGAAUGUAUCGGUGAUAUUCUUACAUCUGCUGUAAGAAAUGAGCCCUGUAAAUGUGCUUUAAAUGAGUAAUUCCUGAACAGAGUAAGCAAUGGUUUCAGUGCAAUAACCCUGAGAGGAGGAAGAGCUGAUGAGUUGAAAGCCUUUAUUCAAUCAACAUGGUGUUUGAAUUAUACUUGUAGAGCGAUGUUGAUGCAGACAUUUGUGGAUUUGAUGACCUUGCCGGUAUUUGUGCCUAUAAUAUUGAGAUUGGACCAUUUAAACCUGGACCAUUCACGUGCCCAGAAAUACAUUAUCCAGGGUUUAUCCAAGGUAUUUUAACAGGGUGGGGAGUCUGGAAAAACAGAGUUACAUAGAUUUUCUUAAACAUGUUACUCACUUCCAGAUAUGAAUAGCAACUUUAAAAAAUACCUAAACAGAAUGUGCAAAAAAAAUCUAUUGUAUUGCAGGUCUGCAGACUUGUUUUAGUUGUGGCCAGAGAAGAAACUCUCAUUAGAAGGUCACUCCCAGACUGAUUUUUCACAUAAUUGUCAGUUUUAAUGCUCAUUCUGUUUGUAUUUUUGUACUUCUUCUGUACCCCCCCCCCCCCCCCCCC